GGGAGAUCGAGUAAAAGUAUAUUAUCGAUGCUGCUCCGUUCCCUCGUCGUUGGGCUAUUGCUCGCUGCAGCAGUCGCCACGGAUACCAGCAGCAUAUGCGACGCGUUAGAGGGGUGCGAGGCACCGCCCAUUCAGCAGCCCACUGCCUCCGAUUCCAACCACGCCGGCGACUUCAAAGACACUGGGACGAGACACGGGUUUACCGUGCCAGGAGCGUGCUUGGGGCCAGCUGUGCUCAAGCAACGCAUUGGAGAGCUCGAAGGGCAAUUGAGCAAUGUUCGCGAGGACUUGCUGGCCACCACGGGGCAGAUGGCUGGCUUGAAGACGAUGUUGCAGGGGAAGGUUAAGGCCCUCGCAGCGGAGAACACGCAGCUUAAGGUGCUUGUGUCGGAGCUGGAGCUGCAAAUCGACGUCAACCAACGUGACCUUGCCGUGCUGCACGACAAAGUGAGAGCGAAGGACAACCACGCCACAUGGCAGGCCACGGUGGCGAGUUCCGUGAACACGGCGUGGCAAACGUCGAAACGGGCGGUGAACACAGCUGGAUCCAAAGCCAAGGACCUCUACGACGCCCACAUCCGUCCGACGGGGAUUGAAGCGGUGUCCCAAGCCACGUCAUUGGCGAAAACGGCAGCGGUCAUGUACACGAAGCACGCGUCGAAGCAUGUGGACUCGGUGAUCGACCACGUCAAGACGACCGCGAGUCAACAGUACGCAGCCCAUGCGCCGAAAGUCAAGGACGCGUUCGCCACGGUGGUCGCCAAGGUGGAGCAACUGGUCCAGACCGACCCAGCGUAAUGUACUGGAAAG